AUGGACAUUGCUCAACUUAAUAAUCCUGUCGCUCAGGAAGCAGCCGUUGACUAUAGCCAGCUGUACGAGGACUUGCUCACCAAGUACGCAAAGGUGCAUGCUGAUGCACAAAAGCUCAAGAACAAAGAAACACGAACAAACAGACUGAUCAAGUAUCUUGAACUUAGAAACAAUAUGCUUAUCCAGCUCUUGAUGCGCGCCGAAUCGCUGGGACUAAGUGGAACGCAAUCAAAGAUGUCGAGCAACCAGGAACAGGAGAUCCUGCAAUCCAUUUUGUCCCAAAAGCCAUACCUCCAAAACAUCCUUCAACCAUUGACGCAAAACACAGGUGAUCUAGAUUCUCCCGAGCUCUCGCAAUUAUACGAAUUGCUUGAGAAAAACCCCAACUCGUCCCUUUUGAACAGCGAUCUCGAAACAGUGCUAGAUCUUGACGAGGGCUCUGACAGGAAGAGAAAACUCGAAUCAGCUACAGAUAUCUCAUGA